GACUGUGGGAAUAGGCAGGGUCUGCUUGCCUGCUUCUGUCUCUAUCUCUCUCCCUCUCUCCCUCCCUCUCUCCCUCCCUCUCUCCCUCUCUCUCUCUGCGCUCCACUCCGCUUGCUGCAGUGGCAGGGGCUCGCGCCGUGCUUCGACCCAGUCUCAGCGGAGAGCAGAGCAUCUCACAGUCGUUUCCCACCUCUCCCCCCCCCCCCCCCGGCCCCCCGCAUUUGCACUGCUCUACAGAGGGUUUGGAUAAAAGAAAAGACAGGCUGAGGAAGAAAAAGAGAGUGAGGGAGAAAGGAGAGGAAGACUUUCAUUCAGCAUCUCUCCCACACACGUGUGUGUGAUUGUCUCCUGUAUUCGUGAGAGAAACCAGCCCAUGGUUUUAGAUGUCUGCUGCUUUUAAGCACCCUACCAGAAUCACAGUGCACUCUGUGUGGUGAGCCUGAAGACCAGCAGUAUUCAUGGUCGCCUUCGCAGCACUUCGAUGAGGACAGCUACUCCCCUCCUCCCCCCCCACCCAGGAACAUGAAGGGCCUUUCCGGCGGCCGGCCAGGCCACCUCCAGCUCCAGCUCCAGCUCUCCUCCUCCGGACACCACACCUGCGGCCUCCAGGCCGACUGCGACCCCUCCCUGGAUCACCUCCACCACGGCCCCGUGUCGGCAGGCCCCGAGUCCCGCUCCCCGUCUUACCUCCUCAGCCCCACCGAGAGCUGCCCCCUGGAGCACCACCGCUGCUCGCCACGGAGCUCCAUCCACUCAGACUGCAUGGUGAUCCCCAUGGCCAUGUCGGCUACCGACCACUCGGUCUCCAGCAGCACCUUCCCCAGGAUGCACUACGGCAACAGCUCGCGGGAAAGCGGUGGCGGCGGCAGCAGGGAAUCGCGGGAGCGGGACGACGGCGGCUCGUCGUCUCACGGUGGGGGUGGAGGCGGGGGCGGAGGAGGCGGCGGCGGGGGGGGCGGGGGGAGCGGCAAGAUGAACCGCAUCCCCGCCAAUCUGCUGGACCAGUUUGAGAAGCAGAUGCCCCUGCACCGGGACGGCUUCCACACUCUGCAGUACCAGAAGACCUCCACCACCACCGCAGAGCAGCGCAAUGAGAGCCCUGGACGCAUCCGCCACCUGGUCCACUCUGUCCAGAAGCUGUUCACCAAGUCCCACUCCUUAGAAGGUUCCUCCAAGAUGAACGGCACCAAAGGUGACUCUCACCGAGAAGGCUCCCACCAUUACCAUCACCAUCACCACGGGCACAGCCACCACAAACACUCCAAACGUAGCAAGAGCAAAGACCGCAAGUCGGAGGGCGGCAGCGGCAAGCAUCGCUCGGGUGGCUGGUGGAGCUCUGACGACAACCUGGACAGUGACAGCACAUACCGCACUCCCAGCGUCAUGUCCCGACACCCGGCGGACCACAUGAGCCACUGCUAUCCCGACUCGGUGCACUCCGGCCACAUGGGGGAGCUGUCUCUCAAGACGUCGAAGAGCAACAACGACGUCAAGUGUUCGGCGUGCGAGAGCAUGGCCAUGGCGCCCGAGGGGAAGUUCAUGAAGAGGAGUUCGUGGUCCACGCUGACGGUGAGCCAGGCCAAGGAAGCGUACCGCAAGUCGUCGCUCAACCUCGAGAAACCCAUGACCCCCACCGACCUCAAACCCAGCGUCAGGCCCUGCCACUUCCUACAGGUGCCCCAGGAUGAGUGGGCGGGCUACCCUGGGGGGGGCAAGGAUGACGAGAUCCCCUGUCGGAGGAUGCGAAGCAGCAGCUACGUCAAAGCCAUGGGCGACGAGGAGAGCGGAGAGUCUGACUCCAGUCCCAAGACCUCCCCACAGAAGAGUAUCCGGCCGGAUGCCCUGGUCAAGGCUAUUGCCCAGCGACCAAGAGAAGUGUUAGACUCCCAGAGCUUUUACCGUUUGGAUAAAAUGAACAGUGACGUGCGUAACUACAUCACCAAUUUUGCUGCAGACUUAAGUCAGAGCUACCACUUGCAAGCCACCAGAGAUAUGCACCCCAGCAUGGCUCUGGAACCCGCCAUAAACUACAACUCCCAAGCACCCCAGUUUCGCUCAAGGAACCAGAGCUACAUGCGGGCAGUCAGCACGCUCAGUCAGGCUAGCUGUGUAAGCCAAGUUAGCCAGGUCAGCGAGACGGAGAUGAAUGGUCAGUUUGAAUCUGUGUGUGAGUCGGUGUUCAGCGAGGUGGAGUCCCAGGCUAUGGAAGCCUUGGACCUGCCUGGCUGCUUUAGGACCAGAAGCCACAGCUACCUGCGGGCCAUCCAGGCUGGGUACUCCCAGGACGACGACUGCAUACCUUCCAUGGCCUCCUCCACUGUCACAUCUACCAUCAGGUCCACUACAGGGAUCCAGUUCCGUCUCCCCUCCACCUCCAGCAUGGAUGGGACCCCCCUGCAGCCCCCAGCCAUUGCCUACACUUCCAACUACAAGAAGACCCCUCCACCUGUGCCGCCCCGCACCACCUCCAAGCCCCUCAUCUCCGUCACCGCCCAGAGCAGUACUGAGUCCACCCAGGACGCCUACCACGAAGGCAGGCACCCUCAUGGAGGGCCCUGGACCACAGACGGCCUGGGGCUGGGCCUGGGGCUGAGCCUCGGCCGGGCCCUCUACAACUCCACAGACAGCCUGGAUAGUGCAAAGGCCGUGUCCAUAGCCAUGGAGGCAGCAGUGAUGGCAGGGAAGAGACACCCAUCAACAGACAGCCACAGUUCGGUGAUGACCUGUGAUAAGGCCAUACUGGUGUCCAGGGCUGAGGAGUACCUGAAAACACCCAGGUCAUCUAUAGGGAUACAGGUGGAGGCCGCCACUGACUCUGAGUCGGAAAGCAAAGGAUCGCGGGAGUACCAUUCUGUUGGGAUCCAAGUGGAAGAUGAAAAACGGCAAGGCAGGUUCAAGCGCUCCAACAGUGUGACGGCGGGCGUGCAGGCGGAUCUCGAGCUGGAGGGUUUCCCAACCAUGGAGGACAAGGGUCUGCAGUUUGGCGGGGGCUUCCAGCGCCACUCUGAGCCCAGCACGCCCACCCAGUACGGGGUCGUCCGCACCGUGCGCACCCAGGGCCUUUUCAGCUACCGGGAAGACUACCGGACCCCCACUGAGCCACCCAGCCCUAGGGAGACCACCAGCGAAACCACCUGGACUCUAGAGCCCCCAUCCCCCAGGGAGGGGGCCUCAUCGGGGGGAGAGUCUGGGCGUGCGUCCCCCUCUCUGCGGAGAGACGGGAGCUGGUUCAUGCAGCUGCUCCACACGGAGACCAAGAGGAUGGAGGGAUGGUGUAAGGAGAUGGAGGCAGAGGCCGAGGAGAAUGACCUAUCUGAGGAGAUCCUGGGUAAGAUCCGGAGUGCGGUGGGUAGUGCUCAGCUCCUCAUGUCUCAGAAAUUCCAGCAGUUCUACUGGCUGUGUCAGCAGAAUCUGGACCCCAGUGCCAUGCCCCGCCCCACCUCUCAGGACCUGGCAGGGUUCUGGGACCUGCUGCAGCUCUCCAUCGAUGACGUCACCAUGAAGUUUGAUCAGCUGCAAAAGAUAAAGAGUAACAACUGGAGGCUCGUUGAGAGCCCAGAGAAGAAGGUGGGAGGUUCUGCUAGUCCUCCACCUGCUGUACCAAAGAAGACCGUGAGACAGAAGAGCAUGGUGACGCGGGAAAAAUCGCUCGACCUUCCCGACCGACACCGUCAGGAGGCCCGCCGGCGGCUCAUGGCUGCCAAGCGUGCAGCGUCCUUCCGGCAAAACUCUGUGUCGGAGCGCGCCGACAGCAUUGAGAUCUACAUCCCCGAGGCACAGACCCGCCUUUGAGAAGACACGGGUGUGGACGAACACAGAGACAGUGGCAUCUUCAUACUCUUUUACGUCCCUUACGACAACUUUAACUAGCCUUUUUCUAGACCACUGCUCCACACUGUCCUCAAAUCAUCAUUUAGUCUCUUAGUGUCCAUAUACUAUACAAGCCUUCACUUAAUCUGAGAUGUACCCAAAUGUCUUCUCCUUUGCCAAUUACGUUUUCUGGGCAUAUGUGUCAUUUACUUGAUAUUGGUUGGUUCAAUGAGCAGCUUCCCAAUGGAAUUGUAACCCAAGAGUUGGAUUAUGCUGGAAGGUUAUACAUUUGAAUUUACAGCAUUGCAAAGUGCCAUUAAUUCGUGCAGCUUUGAAACCAACCAGCAAGGACACCAACCAUUCAAAAACACCAGGCUAAAUUGUUACAUUUAAAUGUCAAAGUUGCAACCGUUAUGAAGAUAAACAACAUAAUUAUUCUACUUUCCUUUUCCAUCAGAAAAUAAGAUGUAGGCUGACAGCCAUUUGCAAAAAUGUGAGUCAAGUGAACAUUUCUGAAAGGCCUGCUUGAAAUACCUCAACCUUGUAUUGGAAUAGUUACAAGCCUUGAAAAAAAAUUCUGGCAACUCCUGUGCAUUUUGGUCAGAUUUAUUUUAGAACAUGCCGUUUUCUACUCUAUCAAUGGUCAGAGACCGGCCAGAUAUUCUCCGGAAAACUGCUUUUUGGAAUUAUAUAAUUUCCUUCUGACCUGCCCUCCAUGUGGUACAAAUCCCUAGCUGUUCUUAUGCUGUUCUUAUACCGUGCCCAUAACACAUCUUCUGACAUUUACUUGAAGCAGAAAACAUGCAAGUCUUGUGCCAGCGUUUUUUCAUCGUAUCAUUGCAGUGAGUAAUAAAUAGUUCUGAGAGAUUUUGCGUAGCUCUAUAUAUCAAAUAUGUGUAGACAAAAUGCACUUUUGCACUUCUUAAAAUUCUCUGUAUUUCCAAGGGAAAUGUAAAUAACAAAGUACACAACAAUAUUGUUGUAUUUGAGUAGUGAGACAGGUUAUUAGUUGAAUAGAUAAUUUAUCUCUAGGGCCCUUUUAAAUCCCUUGCCUCAUCAGGGUUUGCUAUAUCAAAAAGGUCACUCCAAAAGCACCCUUUUAAUGUGUGUUAUAGCUAGGUUCAGAAAUCAAGGCAGCGUGUCAUUUGAGUCCCAAAAUAUGUUCAUGCCUCUUCCUCAAACCCCCAUCCCUCUCACUCUUUAUCCAGCAGCUUACCCCCUAAACAAAAGUCAUAACAUGACUGUCAGUCACACAAUAAGUUUCUGAUAAUGACUUGGGUGACAUCUUCUCCUGAAAGAAUUCCCCAUGGUUGAUCAUCUCAGAAGUACGUUCAACUCCUUCAAGCAAUGCUGCAAGAUAAUAGCGGGGGGAAGACAGGACACAGGAUCCCUGAGGGAACCAGGCAGAGGCUUCUAGAAUUUCUUAGUGAGACUAAUGGUUUAUGAUUCCCUGGCUGAUAAGAAAGACAUGACAAAUGGAACGUUGAACAGAUUUGGUUUCUCUCAGUGAGUGAGUGAGUGAGUGUGUGUGUGAUGUUGUGUGUGUAUGUGUGCUUGUGAUGUCUGAGGGGUUUUGAGUCAUUGGCACAUUGAGCUGUGAGCUACAUAUCACAUCUUCUACAGAGCUCAGAUGCACCGCAGGGGGUCUGCUGUGAUGUCCAAAUGGAAGACAGUGUGAGGUCCCUGGGCCACUAAAAGAUGCUAUGACAGUGACCAAGGCUCUUACAGUCCUUGGGAUGCCUGGAAGUAGAGUUUGCGAGGUGAGGGGUUAUUACUGCGAGAACUUUCCCCUGUUUAGACUGCCUGAUGCAGUUUUCUGUUGUGGAGAACACAAAAUAGAUUUUUCCUCAUGAAAGGCUUUUAAUAUGAACCUUUAACAUACCCUCUUGCACUGUUAAUAUUGUAUACACAUACAGGCAGGGACACACACAUCUUUACAGUAUGUCACCCCCACACAGUUACAAGAUGGACGCCAUGUGCAGAGGGCAACUGGGUGGCAGAUGUUUGUAAACACCUCGAACACAAAGUCAAAACAUUUCCUAAGCUAGCUAUAUUUGCUUGCUUGUUACGAUUCCCCCCCCCCCCCUCCCCACCUUUCCCCGGUGGCAGGAGAACCGAAUCAUAUUAUUAAAAUGUAUUCACUGAAUAUUCAUUGCUUCCAAUAUCAUCAUUAAAGUGUCCCUCUUUUUUAUGCUUUUACUUACAUGGUGAUUAGUUACAAACUGACAGGCAAGCCUCCCCCUUCAGGGAAUGUGGACCUGAGCGCAGCAUAGAAAAACAUUUCUAUGCAUUUUCUAUAGUGUGUCAUAGAGUGACACACUGUCAUUUCAUCGCAGAGUAGAACCCUUGACAGAACAACAGGGUUCCUCGGCGUGCUAUGGGCUGUGGCACAGGAGGCACAGGUUGUGUGUUGCUUCCCCAUAUGCUCCUGCUACUCAGACUGUAGAAAGCAGGCGUGCACCAGGCGGCAAGACAGACUCUGUCCGAUGCGUUGGCUUAGGGGAGACUGGGAUCUUCGCUUUGAGGAAACACGCUGGUGUUAUGUUGUGAUGUGUUUCUAGGCUGUUCUUCCUGUCUGUGGUGUUCUCUCCUGCUGUCCCACACUCUGCUGGUGGCUCAGAAGAGGGUCUUAUGUAAGUAUGGUCCUUGGGGGAAACAGAGCUGACAGCUUCCUAGUCCCUUCACAGCGAAUAUGGUGAUGAAUGUGUUGCGUGGACCGUUAGGGGGAAAUAGCAGACUUUUUUUCAGGGAAGUUUAGAGUUAUGAUGUUACACUUCAUUAUCAAGUACAGUCUUGAUACGGCUACCUUACUCUUCUUGCUUGCCACAGUGACAUUAAAAUUUAAAGGUGUCUCUUCACAUGGAAAUACAUCAGGAAUGCCAAAUGAGCGUGUGUGUGCGUUUGUGCGUGUGCCAAAUAUUGUACACUCCCACUCUUCCUCUCCUGGUUUUCUUAAUAAGACAGCUGUCUUUUAGCUAGGCACAGAUAGUGAAAAUAUGUCACUGACUUCUUCUCUGGAAACUCAAGGAUGGAUUCUGGAUAAGUUGGCUGGCCAUAGGAACGUGAUCUGAAUUUUUAACAAGCAAUUCAGAAGGGAAGAGGUUUGAUUCUAUCCAACCCCUGUGGCUUAAACAGCAGAUCCAUGUCUGGUUUAUCUUUUUCAAUACACCCUAUGUUUAACAUUUUAAGUGGAAAGAGAAGUAUUUUGAUCAGUAAAGGUGGCCAUGAAACCUGUAACUUCUUUUCUGAAGGUCAUCCACUUCUGCCAUUUAUCAAAAUACAAACUUAGGACAUUAUUCCUGCUACCAUCUUUCCUUCUGUCUUCCAAUGGUGUGCUUUCUCAUCUGCUUACAGUGUAAUUAAUUUCUACACUUCUGCUUAUAGUGACAUUUAUUCCACUAAGAGAGUACUUAAGUAUAUAAAGAAAUACACUGCAGUGUCUGUUUGAUACCACUAGAUGGGGUAAAUAUUUUGCGGAUCAUCAAACAUCCAUGAAGGUGGUGUAGUGUAAGUGUGUUAAUCCCUAUAAAAUGUGGCAUAUUUACAUACUAUUUAUUAUUCUUUAUUACUCUUUUUCGCAAACUGACAUUUGAUCUUUUUUUCAUUUUUCAUGCAACUUGUUUUUGCUGAGUACACACAGACUAACAUGUUUUUUAACAAUGUUGCUUUGUGUAAUACCAGUCUAGAUGUCAAUGGGACUUUGUGUUAGGAUCUGGGCUUGAGCUUUCUUUGUUCUAGGCACAAGAGGUUAUCGUAGGGCAGGAAUGGUAUGGUGGGCAAAGGCUAAGGCAGGUCUAACCUUCACUCUCCACAUUUUCACGCAAGAUUUUGAUCUAACAGGCAGCAGUUAGAAAUAAACACUUCAGAAUCAGUCAGCUCCAUUCCUUUGGACAGAGUGAAAAACCAAGUGCCAUAUUGUUGGAGGAUACAUAGACCUAUUGUUGAACAACACAGAAUCCAUCAGUUAUGCAUUAUAGCUGUAUUCAUUAGACCUCCUGAAUCAUGUUGUUAUUUAUUUCCCUUCAUGUGGCCUCACUAUAUGUCCAUUUUGAACAUGGUCAUACGGUACAUUAGCUGUUUUGAGGGGAUGUUUUAGUAAUCAUGCUGGGGAGACAAUUAUUGAGAUUGACUCCACUUCCUAAAACUUGGAAAUGUGAAAUGACUCUUAAGAUCACUAGACAAAUUAAAAAGGUAAUUGUUUAGCUAAACUAUUUUCUUCUCUUGUGUAUCAUAUCUAUAGUGAGGAUGAAUAUAAUGCCAAAUAUUCAUUAUUUGUAAAGAAAUAUAUAUAGAUCUUAUAUAAAUAUAUAAUAUAUGCUUCAUUAAAACAUAAUUAUUUUCUUCUCUUGCUCAUGUUUUGUUCAUUUUAUGUAGUCUUUUUAACUUAUUUUGAUAAGCUGUUAUGAUGGCAUGCAAAAUCUACUGAUACUGAAUGUAUGAUUUAUUCAUAACCUUUUGUUGGAAGUAUUGACACUGAUACAUGUAUGUAUGUUUUUGUUAUUUAUCACAGAUGCUCUGUGCAAUGUUUACCAAUGUUCAAACCAAUUAAUUUUUAUAUGAUUUCUGUGGUUUUAAACACUUAACAAUGUAUAUGUAUUUUCCUCCAUUUUUCCAUGAGCUAUUUAAAGAUUUUGCAUCUUUGAUUAGUUUAAUCAUUGCUGAGAUCAUCUAAUGUAAAUACUUCUGCAAUUAAAUUUUUUGAAGAA